AUGGAGAUGUAAGUGAUAUGUAAGUGAAUGCCUCUCACCCCUCAUUUCUCAGUCACGCUAUCUCUGCUUGGUUUGGUUUGUUUCCCUGGUGCCUCCUCGUCUCUGUGUGACUCCUUUGCUCUCCCUCAGGGUGAACCCAGGCCCUUGUUCACCCUCCUCAUCCUCUCUCUCCCACAUUCUCCCUGUCCUCCCUCUUCCUCACUCUCACUCAUUCUCCCCCAUCCUACCCUCUUCCUUUCUGUCAUCUUUCGUUCUCCCUCGACCUCCCUUUACCUCCCUAGUCGAAAAGAGGGGAAUGAGGCUCUGUGUCCUGACCCUGACUGUACACACCAACUUCAUUAGGGGUUGCUCAGUGUGGCAUCCCAGUGCCGAUAGAGGCCAGGCCAGGCCAGGCAGCAUUAGUUCAGCCUAACCAGCAGCAGCAGCAAAGCAGAAAACACAUUUAGGAGAUCAUGCAGAAGAGAUGAAGCAUGCGUCCAGUUCUAUUAGCCUUAACAAGGACGCUAGCGAUGUGGGCUUGCUUGGUUAUAAUUUCAUUAUUUCACUUUGAGACAGCUUAGGUCAAUAUUUACACUCAUCUUUUUUUUCUAGGGGAAUAAUUAUUUUUAAAAGAUUACAUGCUAUAACAUGAACUAAUGUGGAAUGGAAUCCCAUAAUCAACUAAAUGAUUUCCAGCGGGAAGAGGUAAUACAUUUACAUUUUAGUCAUUUACAUUUUGUUUUUCAUACUGGUCCCCCGUGGGAAACGAACCCACAACCCUGUCGUUGCAAAUGCCAUGCUCUACCAACUGAGCUACAUGGGACUGCAUAUUAAUACUCAGUGGUGUGACAGAAAUUACCUCACCAAUGAGAUAGAAAUGAUGGAAUACUGUUUGUGUAUAUGCAAUAUAUGAAUAGCCUGCGUGACGUACACACACACUCAUUCUUUCCUUGAAAACAGUGAGGCAGAGAUGGUGUGAUUGGCUCUUUGUCCUGGCACAGAUGGCAACUGAAGCAUGUGCAUGUCUGUAUUUAGAGCACAAUCAUUUAUAGUGUCUGAGCAUGUAUAUAAUUAAUACACACUGAAGGGGCCUACAUGUAAUGUGACCGUGAUGUACAGGAGGGCUGGAUUAUCUUGCUCACUGCUCUACUACCGUUUCAGAAACAGACUGCGUAAUGGAUGGUGUGUGUCGUUCUGUUCUUCUUACUCUGCUCUCUCUCUCUUUCUCUGCUCUCUCUCUAUUUCUCUGCUCUCUCUCUCUUUCUCUGCUCUCUCUCUCUUUUUCUGCUCUCUCUCUUUCUCUGCUCUCUCUCUUUCUCUGCUCUCUCUCUCUUUCUCUGCUCUCUCUCUCUUUCUCUGCUCCCUCUCUCUCUUUCUCUGCUCUCUCUCUCUCUUUCUGCUCCCUCCUCUCCUCUCUCUGUUUUCCGCAUCCUAACACCCCCACACAUCAACAUACAAACGACAGAAUUUCUAAGACAUGCAUCUAGCAGGAAUCUUCACACACACACACACACACACACACCUGUGUGGCUCAGUUGGUAGAGCAUGGCGCUGGGUUCGAUUCCCACGGCAGACCAGUAUGGAAAUGGUAUGUUACGUUACAGCCUUAUUCUAAAGUUGAUUAAAUUAUUAUUUUUCCUCAUCAAUCUACACACAAUACCCCAUAAUGACAAAGUGAAAACAGGUUUUCAUAAAUGUUUUCUAACUUAUAAAAAUAUAUAUAAAAAACAAACAUCUUUACAUAAGUAUUCAGACCCUUUGCUAUGAGACUCGAAAUUGAGCUCAGGUGCAUCCUGUUUCCAUUGAUCAUCCUUGAGAUGUUUCUACAACUUGAUUGGAGUCCACCAGUGGUAAAUUCAAUUGAUUGGACAUGAUUUGGAAAGGCACACACCUGUCUAUAUGAAGUCCCACAUUUGAAAGUGCAUAACAGAGCAAAAACCAGGCCAUGAGGUCAAAGUAAUUGUCCGAAGAGCUCCGAGACAGGAUUGUGUUGAGGCACAGAUCUGGGGAAGGGUACCAAAAUAUUUCUGCAGCAUUGAAGGUCCCCAAGAACACAGUGGCCUCCAUCAUUCUUAAAUGAAAUAAGUUUGGAACUACCAAGACUCUUCCUAGAGCUGGCCAGCCGGCCAAAGUGAGCAAUCGGGGGAGAAGGGAGGUGACCAAGAACCCGAUGGUCACUCUGACAGAGCUCCAGAGUUCCUCUGUGGAGAUGGGAGAAACUUCCAGAAGGACAACCAUCUCUGCAGCAUUCCACCAAUCAGGCCUUUAUGGUAGAGUGGCCAGACGGAAGCCACUCCUCAGUAAAAGGCACAUGACAGCCCGCUUGGAGUUUGCCAAAAGGCACCUAAAUGACUCUCAGACCAUGAGAAACAAGAUUUUCUAGUCUGAUGUAACCAAGAUUGAACUCUUUGGCCUGAAUGCCAUGUGUCACGUCUGGAGGAAACCUGGCACCAUCCCUACGGUGAAGCAUGGUGGUGGCAGCAUCAUGCUGUGGGGAUGUUUUUCAGUGGCAGGGACUGGGAGACUAGUCAGGAUCAAGGGAAAGAUGAACGGAGCGAAGUACAGAGAGAUCCUUGAUGAAAACCUGCUCCAGGACCUCAGACUGGGUCGAAGGUUCACCUUCCAACAGGACAACAACCCUAAGCACACAUCCAAGACAACGCAGGAGUGGCUUUGGGACAGAGUCCGGACUUGAACCCAAUCAAACAUCUCUGGAGAGACCUGAAAAUAGCUGUGCAGCGAGCGCUUGAGAGGAUCUGCAGAGAAGAAUGGGAGAAACUCCCCAAAUACAGGUGUGCCAAGCUUGUAGCAUCAUACCCAAGAAGAGUCGAGGCUGUAAUCGCUGCCAAAGGUGCUUCAACAAAGUACUGAGUAAAGGGUCUGAAUACUUAUGUAAAUGUGAUAUUUCAGUUUUUGCUUUGUCAUUAUGGGGUAUUGUGUUUAUAUUGAUGAUGAAAUAAAACAAUUUAAUCAAUUUUAGAAUAAGGUUGUAGCGUAACAAAAUGUGGAAAAAGUCAAGGGGUCUGAAUACUUUCCGAAUGCACUGUAAAUGUAACAAACACACAGUACACACAUAAAUUAAAAAUACAUUUUUGCACACACAUUUAUACACUCGCAUGCAUGUACAGUACCUUCAGAAAGUAUUCAUACCCCUUGACUUAUUCCACAUUUUGUGGUACGGCCUAAAUUAAAAAUGUAAUGUUAUUUUCUUCAAAUAUCUAAUUUACAUAAGUAUUCACACCCCUGAGUCAAUGCAUGUUAGAACCACCAUUUUCCACCGAUUACAGCUGAGUCUUUCUGGGUAAGUCUCUAAGAGCUUUGCACACCAGGAUUGUACAAUAUUUGCACAUUAUUCUUUUUAAAAUUCUUCAAGCUCUCUCAAGUUGGUAGUUGAUCAUUGCUAGACAGCCAUUUUCAAGUCUUGCCAUAGAUUUUCAAGCCCAUUUAAGUCAAAACAGUAACUAGGCCACAGGAAAAUUCCAUGUUGUCUUGCUCAAAGAGAUAUUCAAUGUCUGCUUUUUAAUUUUUACCCAUCUACCAAUAGGUGCCCUUCUUUGCGAGGCAUUGGAAAACCUCGCUAGUCUUUGUGGUUGAAUCUGUUUGAAAUUCACGGCUCGACUGAGGGACCUUACAGAUAAUUGUACAGUCGUGGUCAAAAGUUUUGAGAAUGACACAAGUAUUGGUCUUCACAAAGUUUGCUGCUUCAGUGUUUUUAGAUAUUUUUGUCAGAUCUUAAUAUGGUAUACUGAAGUAUAAUUAGAAGCUUUCCAUAAGUGUCAAAGGCUUUUAUUGACAAUUACAUUAUGUUUAUGCAAAGAGUCAAUAUUUGCAGUGUUGACCCUUCUUUUUCAAGACCUCUGCAAUCCACCCUGGCAUGCUGUCAAUUAACUUCUGGGCCACAUGCUGACUGAUUGCAGCCCAUUCUUGCAUAAUCAAUGCUUGGAGUUUGUCAGAAUUUGUGGGAUUUUGUUUGUCCACCCGCCUCUUGAGGAUUGACCACAAGUUCUCAAUGGGAUUAAGGUCUGGGGAGUUUCCUGGCCAUGGACCCAAAAUGUCGAUGUUUUGUUCCCCGAGCCACUUAGUUAUCACUUUUGCCUCAUGGCAAGGUGCUCCAUCAUGCUGGUUCUUGGAUGGUUGGGAGAAGUUGCUCUCGGAGGAUGUGUUGGUACCAUUCUUUAUUCAUGGCUGUGUUCUUAGGCAAAAUUGUGAGUGAGCCCACUCCCUUGGCUGAGAAGCAACCCCACACAUGAAUGGUCUCAGGAUGCUUUACUGUUGGCAUGACACAGGACUGAUGGUAGCACUCACCUUGUCUUCACCUUGUCUUCUCUGGACAAGCUUUCCGGAUGCCCCAAACAAUCGGAAAGGGGAUUCAUCCGAGAAAUUGACUUUACCCCAGUCCUCAGCAGUCCAAUCCCUGUACCUUUUGCAGAAUAUCAGUCUGUUCCUGAUGUUUUUCCUGGAGAGAAGUGGCUUCCUCGCUGCCCUUCUUGACACCAGGCCAUCCUCCAAAAGUCUUCGCCUCACUGUGCGUGCAGAUGCACUCACACCUGCCUGCUGCCAUUCCUGAGCAAGCUCUGCACUGGUGGUGCCCCGAUCCCGCAGCUGAAUCAACUUUAGGAGAAGGUCCUGGCGCUUGCUGGACUUUCUUGGGCACCCUGAAGCCUUCUUCACAACAAUUGAACCUCUCUCCUUGAAGUUCUUGAUGAUCAGAUAAAUGGUUGAUUUAGGUGCAAUCUUACUAGCAGCAAUAUCCUUGCCUGUGAAGCCUUUUUUGUGUAAAGCAAUGAUGACAGCAAGUGUUUCCUUUCAGGUAACCAUGGUUAACAGAGGAAGAACAAUGAUUUCAAGCACCACCCUCCUUUUAAAGCUUCCAGUCUGUUAUUCUAACUCAAUCAGCAUGACAGAGUGAUCUCCAGCCUUGUCCUCGUCAACACUCUCACCUGUGUUAACGAGAGAAUCACUGACAUGAUGUCAGCUGGUCCUUUUGUGGCAGGGCUGAAAUGCAGUGGAAAUGUUUUUUGGGGAUUAAGUUCAUUUUCAUGGCAAAGAGGGACUUUGCAAUUAAUUGCAAUUCAUCUGAUCACUCUUCAUAACAUUCUGGAGUAUAUGCAAAUUGCCAUCAUAAAAACUGAGGCAGCAGACUUUGUGAAAAUGUAUAUUUGUGUCAUUCUCAAAACUUUUGACCACGACUGUAUGUGUAGGGUACAGACAUAGUCAUUCAAAAAUCAUGUUUGACACUAUUAUUGCACACAUGCAACUUAUUAUGUGACUUGUUAAGCUAAUUUUUACUCCUGAACUUAUUUAGGCUUGCCAUAACAAAGGGGUUGAAUACUUAUUGACUCAAGACAUUUCAGCUUUUCCUUUUUUAUUAAGUAGUUAAAAAAAAUCUAAAAACAUAAUUCCACUUUAACAUUUUGGGGUAUUGUGUGUAGGCCAGUGACAGAAAAUCUAAAUGUAAUCAAUUUUAAAUUCAGGCUGUAACACAACAAAAUGUGGAAAAGGUAAAGGGGUGUGAAUACUUUCUGAAGGCACAGUAAGCACACACUUGCGUUACAGUUAACGUUAACGUUUACAUGUCAUUGUCGAGCUGAUGUUGGUAUCCAGGGCAAGGCACAGUGUGUGAGGGGUUACAGAGGAUGAGUCGGAUGUAAUCAAACCUACAUCCAUCUCUCACCUAUCAAUCUCUCCAUCUCUCCUUUUCUCAUCCAUCCAUCAUCUCCAUGCCUGCCUCUGUAUAUUAUUAUUAGUACACAGCGCUGCUACAAUGAACUGAUUAUUCAUUAUAUGUGUGGGGGCAACAUACUGUACACUAUCUGUCUUGGUACUGUAUACAAUAUGUGUUCAUAUGUGAGCUGCUUCCUGUGUUCUAUUGGGGAGAGAAGGGUUCCUCUUCCAGCUCAUGAUGCUUCUACAGAAUAAAGAGUGAGAGCAGGAGGGAGGGAGAGUGAUGGGGGAUGGAUAACAAGGAAGAUAACUGUACUUUAGAGGCAGAGAAAGGGAAGGGUGUGAAAGAGGGAGGGAGGUACAGGAAUGAGAGAAGGAGAGUAUAAGAACAGGAAAAAGAUGGAGCGGGAGAGAGAGCAGAGGAGAGCGUAUGAGAGCCUGUAUUAGACAGAGAAGAAUCUCCCUCCAUCUGAGGAAAACCCUGCAGGGGGAGGUUACCCCUCUCAUCUACCCCCUAGCCUGGCCAUGUGAUAAACUGAUAACCCAGAGCAAGUGACCAAUCACAAAGUGUGUGUGUGUGCAUGCACGAGUGUCUGUGUGUGCGUACAUGCGUGUGUGUAGAUUCACAGUCCAGCAGGGUUACUAUGCACUAUCUGUGCAAGAGGGGGUGGAGCCUCAACACAAGACUGGCACAGAAGAAAGGAGGGAGAGAUAUAGAGGGAAGGAAGGAGAGAGAGAGUGUGAUAGAUAUGGGGGGGGGGGAGAAUGACAGUUGAGAGAGUGAGAAAGAGUGUGUGUGUGAGAGGGAAAGAGAGAGGGAGAUAGUGAGCAAGCGGAGAGAGAGCGCUGAGAGCAAGAGAGUGCCUACUGUCUCUCUGGGUGUUAGCAGAGGCUGCCUCUGUCUCUGGUAGGGAGAGAGACAGAAGGAGAAAGAGAGAGAGAAAACAAGGGAGAAACAGAGAGCCUGAAGGAGAGAGGGAGAGAAGAGAGAGAGAGAGCAUUGAGAUCUUUCUCUGUCUCUGCUGGAGCACAGGGGUCUAUGCCCGAGCUGGAUCCUUCAUCACUCCUCGUCCUCCUCUUCCUCUUGUUGUCUGCGCCCGUCUUUAAAACGGAGGGAACCCUCGGACUCAGCGCUCAUCCGUUGCCGUGGCAAUGGGCUGUCGGCUCUCAGGGCCGUGGUUCAGCGAUGGAAUGGGGGUUAGUGUGCACCCUUCUAAAUCUGUGUGUGUGUGUGGUGCGCGUGUGUGUGGUGCGUGCAUGCCUGCGUGCAUGUGCAUUCUUUCCUGCGAUGUGCAUCUGUGUGUGUGUGUGUGUGGGGGCAAAUGUGUAGAUGUGAUUUAUGGAUAGAGGCAGGGGUGUGGGGAACUCUGGGUGCAUGUAGAUGAUCAAGGAGAUCACAGAAUACACACCAUGACAUGAUGCCUGCUCUCUCUCUCUCUCUCUGUGUGUACGCGUGCAUGUUUGUGUGUGCGCGUGUGCAUGCAUGCAUGUGGGUGUGUGUCAAUAUGUGGGAGUCUGUGAGUGUGCUUGUGAGAAUAGUACAGAAUAAGAGUUAGACAGGCGCAUAUCUUAUUAUCAGAGAAAUGACCAUAUGUGUAUGAAAGAGUUCUAUCUUCUUCUAGAAAGAUCAUGUCUACAGACAGAUCUGUUCUAGCCAAAUGUAUCGCUCGUGUCAUGGUGAGGCUCGUGAUUGUGCUUUCUUUGUUGGGGGUAUUCAGGGUUGUGUGUGUGCGUAUGUCCUUGUGUGACAGUGUGUAUGUCCUUGUGUGACAGUGUGUAUGAGUGUGUGUGGCAGCCUCUUGUGACCAGCGUUGAUGAUUACAAGGAGUGACAGCUUUCCCCAUCCAACACCACUGAGAGCUGUGACUCUUUCUCUCUCUCUCUCUCUUUCAAUUCCCUUCCUCUCUCAAUUCUCUCCUUCUCUCCUUUCCUAUCUAUCUCUCUCUCUCAUAUCCAUCUAUUGACCUUAUAUUCCAUCCCUCUCCACAUCCAUCUGUACUGUUCAUCAUCUUCUCUCCUCUGCUCCCUUCUCUCCUCUCCUCUGUUCCCUUCUCUCCUCUCUGCUCCCUUCUCCUCUGUUCCCUUCUCUCCUCUCCUCUCCUCUCCUCCUCUCCUCUCUGCUCCCCCCUCCUCUCUCUCUUUCUGCCGUGGGGUGAUGCCCAGUCUCCUCUCCUCUGCUCCUUUCUUCUCUUCUCCUGCCCUCUGCGCCUCCUCUCUCUCUCUCUCUCUCUCUCUCUCUGCCAUGGAGUGAUGCCCAGUCUCCUCCCCUCCUCUCUCUCUCUUUCUGUCGUGGGGUGAUGCCCAGUCCCCUGCCUCUUCCUCCACAGAGCUUCUCUGUACCGUUGCCAUUUUGUAUCAGCGCACAUGGCACGCAGUAAAAGGCCACCAUAAUACUGCCAGUGUGUGUGUGUGUGUGUGUGUUACAGCAUGCCUCAGGUAAGGUUGGAUGUGUGCUUGGCUGGGUAUCUCCUCAUGACGUUAGCAUGUCUCGAAAAUCAGAGGACAAGACAACAGCUCCAGAUCAUGUCGACAAGCAGAUGCACAAAAACACACACACACACACACACAUCAGAAACACACACUGUUCGAUUGUGUUUGAAUACAACACAUUAUGCAGUUACCCUCAAAGAGAAAUACGGCACACACACAGUGCUCUCUCUGUAAUCUACACAGCUCUCUCAUUCUCUCUUUACUUCUCUCUCUCUCUCUCUUACAGGUGGCUGGUGGCACCUUAAUUGGGGAGGACGGGCUCAUAGUAAUGGCUGGAAUGGAGUGAAUGGAAUGGUAUCACACACAUGUUACCAUUCCAUUCACUCCAUUCCAGACAUUAUUAUGAACCGUCCUCCUCUCACCAGCCUCCUGUGCUGUCUCUGUAGUUGUGUGUGUGUGUACUGUAGUAGGUGGUGAGUCAUGUUAGUGAUGGGCAGUAGUUAUGAAAUGCUGUAUACAACUGUGUCACUCUGGUUGGGUUGGGUCAUGUGUUGUUAGCUCACGGCUCUAGUGGCAUGGCUCUGGUGCUAUGCUUGGCAUCGGGGUACAGCAUAGCCAGGUAUCGAAUCCCAAAUGUUUUGUUUCUCGUCUUGGGUUGGAACCCUUUAGUUUUCAUCUCUACAUCCCCUCCCUUGAUUUGAGUGUUCUACAGGGUAGAUGAGUCACCUCUGAACCCCCACAAUGCAUCCCUGGUGCACUACAUGGGGAAUAGGGUGUCAUCUGUCUCUCUCUGUGUCUCCUCACAGGUCAGUGGGCGGGAUCUGAGUCACCUAACCAAACGGGAUCUUUCUCACCUGAGUAAACGGGAUGCUCUUAGAAUCCUGGCUGCCUAUGAGCACCCAAUCACGCUGCAGAUCAAGGGCCAGCGUAGGAGGGGUUAUGGCCUACAGGACUGCAGCACGCAGACGGAAAGACACUGGGAGCCCCUCCCCCUGGCCCCCCACCUGGCCCUGCACAGUCUGGGGGUCACAGCAGCUGGGACCAUGCCCAGGGUCAACCCGGACAGGUAGAGUCACAGAUGCUAACACACAGACAAAUGCUCACACACAUGCUCUCUCUGUCUCUCUCUCUCUCUCUCACACACGUACACACUUCAGAUGUCUAUAAAAUUCACUAAUAUCUUACUCCACUAGAUGUUAGAUUUAUUGACUCCACAUCUCUCUCUCAGACACUACUGCAGCCACAUGAGUCUGCCUCGUGAUCACCGUGACAACGGGAGAUAUGAGUACCUGCCCAACGCUCCACGAGACAUAGUGGACAUGGAUCCACUGGGCUACCAGGUGAGACAAAACACACACACUUACACUAGUAGUAGUAGGAUGCCAUUUCAUUUUGCUUUAGUUUUGAAUGAAAAAGAAUGACUUGAUGUUGUCAGCCAAAGCCAUACGCUAUAAUAAGUUGUACAAUAUGUGGGCGCUGUCUGUGAGUGUACCACCAUUCAUCACUCAGUACCUGUAUCAGUGACAAGACACAUCAAUUAAAGGCCUUACAGCAGUGUUAAAUCUUGCACCCCACUAAUAAUUUGUGACAGAUAUGACUUCCUGUGUCACUGGUGAUUAUAGAGCCAAUAUAAUGAACCCACUGUAUUGUAUGGUACAGUACAUGUGACGGAAAUAGCUAGAACUACAGCAUACUGUGUAUCUGUGUUGUUCUGUCCAUUAAGAGGAUGGAAAUACAUAUUCUAUUGAAGAAAACUGUCCAGUUUUUAAAAAACGACACUGCGGAGCUUGUGUGGGUGUAGUGGUGGGUUAUAUGGCUCUGGAGGUGAGAGUGUACACAGUGCUCUUUGAACAGUGGACUGCAUUAGAGCAGGUUCAGGGCUUACUUCUCCAGGGUGUGUGUGUGUGUGUGUGGAGAAUAAACCGUAGAUAUCCGGAUAUCCUUUUCGAUUGAAUAGGAUCCAGGCUGCAAAUGUUUGGUCUGAAUCAGGGCUAACGUCCAAAAGACCUGCCGUCCAGUCCAUAUUGGAGUCUCUCUUGGAGGAAAAGCACCCUUGAAGUUCGGUGAUUAAGGCUUUAAUGCCAAAAUGUGUUUGUUUUUUAUAAAUAUGCUUUUCUUUUUCAGUAGGGCUUAGUAUUUCCUCUAGUGUAGAUCAGGCUGUAUUUCCUCUAGUGUAGAUCAGGCUGUAUUUCCUCUAGUGUAGAUCAGGCUGUAUUUCCUCUAGUGUAGAUCAGGCUGUAUUUCCUCUAGUGUAGAUCAGGCUGUAUUUCCUCUAGUGUAGAUCAGGCUGUAUUUCCUCUAGUGUAGAUCAGGCUGUAUUUCCUCUAGUGUAGAUCAGGCUGUAUUUCCUCUAGUGUAGAUCAGGCUGUAUUUCCUCUAGUGUAGAUCAGGCUGUAAAACAAAGCCUUUCCCCCUUUAUUUAAUGGAGCAGCUCCCCUCAGCUAAGCAUCUGGGACCUGAGUGGAACUAUACACACACACACAUACACUCACUCACUCACAAGCACACACACACACAGACAAAGACAUACACACACACACACACACACAUACAGUACACACAGACAAGCGUGAUUGCUCAGGCCCGGAUGCCCAGCCAGGAUGCUAUGCUGCAUCAAUAAAAGAAGACUAACCAAAUCAAAGAUAUGAUCACAUUUACAUCUAAAUCAUCACCACAUUUAUCCUCAAGCACAAACAAACACACACUACACAGUAUAUUCCCAAACACACUUAGCCACACACACACCCAUGUGCACACGGUCACACAGUCAUAAACAGCACUCACGUGUUCAGUGGGCGGAAUGUGAGCUGUGCCUAAUGAAAUCCCCUUGGAGAAUGGAAGGAUGCUCAGCUUAGAGAGACAGAGGGAAAAACACACUCCUCUCUCCCAUCUACAAACAUUUACUGUCUACAGCACACACUGAUUUAACCACUGCUGCAAGACACAAACUACAGUUCAGUCAAUAUGUAUUGCAAACCCACAGCAUGUAAUGCACUUGCAUUAAAAGCCAUACUUAAUAAUCAGGACACCUGAUAACAUAGGGAUAUUUUAGGGAUUUUUUGGGGGGAUAAAGGCUUGAUCGCCUAUAUGAACAUUUUAAUUACAUAACCAAAGUUCUAUAAUUAGCAUUUAAAAAAUCUAAUGCUUGUUUAUUCACGUAAACACACAUUAUUCACAGUUAGUUAAACAUUGAUUAACCGCUCUCUCAUUCUCUCAUCGCCCUCUCUCUCCCUCCCUCCCUCCCUCCCUCCCUCCCUCCCUCUCUCUCUCUCCCUCCCUCUCCCUCCCUCCCUCCCUCCCCUCCCUCCCUCCCUCUCCCUCCCUCCCUCCUCCCUCCCUCCCUCCCUCUCUCCCUCCCUCCCUCCCUCCCUCUCUCUUUAAGGACCUGGAGCUUGCCCGUCGUGUUCCAAGGGAUCAGAGCUGUCUGAUUGGCUGCUGCAACACCAACCUUGAGGAGCCCAGCAGUUUCCUCAGCCAGGUGUGUGUGUCUGUGUGCGUGUGUGUACUGUAUAUCUACAUACUGUAUGUGUGUGACUGUGUGUUCUCUCUCUCUCCCUCUUUCGCUCUGUCCCUCUCUCGCUCUCUCUCUCCUUCAGACUGAGGAUGAGGACUACAUGUUGGAGAAACCUCUGGGCUACCUACCUCUCCACCAUGAGCUGGACAGUGGCCUGGGCUGGACCGACGGUAGCCUGCACCAGGGAGACCUUUCUGGCCUGGAGACUGAGGAGGGGGGUCUGGAGGAGUGUCACCCCAGGGGAGGAGGCUCCGGUGGGGGCCUGGUGGUCAGCGGAGGAGGGGGUGGAGGUGGAGGUUCUCCGUCCUCUGAAUCCUUCAUCUCGUCUGAGCUGAGUGACUCUGGCUUCUACAGCGUGAGCACCGGAGAGUUCCGCCGUUUCCAGAGGCUGUUAGAGAAACGUAUGUGCCUGUACAACGCUCGUCUGCACCACCAGGGGGAGGUUUGUGCACGGGAGCGCCGCGACAGCUGCCAGAAGAACCACAGAGAGCUGCUGGAGGCUAUACCUGAGGCACUGACCACGCAGCCCCAGCACUCCUGCCCCACGCUUGGCCUGGCUGCUCCAUCCAUGGGCCCUUCACCCCGCGGACUCUUCAGGUAGGGGUUUAUCACCAGACUAUGAUUAUCAUAGCUUAUCAUGAUAACAUGAUCCAUAACCAUCCAAACCCCAUCUUCAAAGUGUUCAGUCCAGUGUUCAACGAUGAUAAUGCAUGUUGUUCAACACUGUACCAUUGUAUUUAUCGCUUCCGUUUCUAAUAGUUGUUUUCUGUAUCUUCAGGGUGUCGUCCGUCCAGUUCCGGAAGGCGGAUCGUCCCUGUCUGAGCAGACACAGCUCCAGCAGUGGCUCCCUCUUCAACCCCCAGCACACCCCUGGCCCCCUCUCUGUCCACGCCCCUGUCCUCUCCGCCUGCAGUACCCCCUCCGGCCACCACAGGCUUCCGCUGCAGCACCAUGGCUCCAGCUCGGUGGGUCAGCUGAGGAGAAGCAGGACCCUGCACCACCGGGGUCCACCCCAGGAGCGUGUCAGACGGGCCAGUCACCCGUCCUCCCCCUCUUACGCCACCCUGCAGCACUGUGGAGUAGCUCCAUCUAGAGGCCUGGAGCUGGGCCUGCCUGAAGAGGGAGAACCAGAACUAGUCCUCACACACCCAGCAGGAUUUGCCCUCUCACCCCAGCACCAUGCAACCUCUCCGGGGGAACACAGAGGGGCCGUGCCCUUACCCAGGGGACAUUACUGGGACAAUAGUGGAGAUCGUGACCAGCUGGUUAACGACAGGAGGCAGCAGCAGGAAAGGAGCUUCAUGACAGACCUACCAGUGUGGGAGAGGGAGCGAGAGAGAGAAAGAGAAAGAGAGAGGGAGCGAGAAAGAGAAAGAGAGAGGGAGCGAGAAAGAGAGCGGGAAAGAGAACGAGAGAAAGAGAAAGAAAGAGAGUGGGAAAGAGAAAGACAAAGAGAGAGAGGAAGAGGGGUGCACCGCUUCCACACCCUCAGCCACCCACCCCAGACAUCCAUAGACAUCCAUGAGACAUGGCCUAAACCAGCCAACCGUCUGUCCCGCCAGGGGUCCGGGGGUGGUGGGGGCCUCUACAGCACCCUGGAGGGCCACAUUGGGGUCGGGGCUGGGGUCGUUGGAGUGUCCAGGAUGGGCCCCAAUCCUAACCCCAACCCUGACCCUGACCCUACCCUUAACACCAACCCCAACCUUCCUAACCCUAACCCAAGGGCUGUGAGGAACCAGAUUCUUCGUGACCGGGCAUCACGGCUAGCAGACGAGCGCAGCGGGAUGAGUACGGAUGAGGAAAGCCAGGAGGUGAUGAGGGGGAGGUACUGGAGCCGCACUGAGAGACGGGAGCACCUCCUACUGGCCCGCGAGCAGAAACAGCAACAACAGCAGGCCAGAGGGCAGCAGGCUUACACACGGCCAGGAGCCAAUGGAGGAUCAGGAUCUAGGAGAGAGGCAGGGGUCAACACAAGAGGAGGAGUUAUCAGAGAAGGAGGGGGAGGGUCUUUGGGAGAUGGCCGGUGCAGCACGGUGCUGGAACUCAGCCAAAAGAAGUUGAGUCGUCUGCGGAACAGGAAGCUGUUAGAUGAUUGGACGACGGUGGAGGAGUUGCUGACUCAUGGGACGAGGCUGGGCACCGGGGAGGAGAUGUCCCUCUGUCCCAGCUCACUACUGACUGUCACUACUGUAUAGGGUGUGUAUGUGUCUGUGUGUUUUUUCCACCAUAAAGCACCAUGGACAAUAGCUUUGUUUGAGAGUGAGUGUAUGUGUGUGAGUAUAUGAGUGUGUGUCACCACUGUACAGCACCUCUGACAAAGUGUGUGUAUGUGUCAGAACUUCUUACUGACUACUGUUACACACUGCAAGUGUGUAUCUGUUACAAUCUGUGUGUCUGUGUGAGGGAGGAUCAAUCUGUGUGUCUGUGUGAGGGAGGAUCAAUCUGUGUGUGUGUGUGAGGGAGGAAGGAUCAAUCUGUGUGUCUGUGUGAGGGAGGAUCAAUCUGUGUGUGUGUGUGAGGGAGGAAGGAUCAAUCUGUGUGUGUGUGUGAGGGAGGAAGGAUCAAUCUGUGUGUGUGUGUGAGGGAGGAUCAAUCUGUGUGUGUGUCUGCCCCAUGUCUGGCUACCUCAUGCUCAUGGGGUUUGUGAAACAAUUUGCGAAACACAAUACAGUAUCAUGUCAUUUUGUUGAUUUUAUCUUUGGGUAUUUUUUUGUGCAAAAAUGCUGCCUGGUGACAUUGAUGAAACUCUUACGUUUGGACUUUUAUGCCUCAACUAAAGUUGUGACUGAGAUUUCUAAAAGCAAUACUGUACUGUAAGAUAAUCCACCAGAAAACAGCAGCUUACUGGAGAGGAUAUAAGAUGCCACAACACAGCUAGUGGAGUACUUUGUGGAUUGAUAACCACCCCACACAAUCAAUGUGUUUUUGACACAGAGAUCCCGUUUACAGUCUUAUAGGGGAAUGGUGUUGCAGUAGGAGAUUUUGGUACCAGAUGUGAUCGUGCUCAAACUACCUGGUACCCUUGAUUGCACAACAACCAACCCAACCCAUCCUAUCAUUGGCAUGAUGUUUACAUUGCCUGUCUAUUGAGGCAUUAACUCUGUAUCUUUAAGUGGUGGUUCCAGAGAUAGGUACUGUAGAGUAGUAGGUAGAUGGUGUAGGCUGAGCUGGCCAGGGGUUUGUGGUUGGUGGUUUGGUGCUGGAGGUCUCUGCAGGUUAGGGCUAUGUCCCAAAUGGCAUCCUAUUCCCUAUAUAGUGCACUACUUUUGACCAGGGCCCAUAGGGUUAUCGUCAAAAGUUGUGCACUAUGUAGGGAAUAGGGUGCCAUUUGGGACUGAGCCAAGCAGUCAGUUAAGCCCAGAAAAGAGGCAGGUAUUUUUACAGUUAACCCUUACAACCUUGAUCGUCCAGUGAAGGGACACUGGCCAGUGGAAUGACUGUAGAAUUAUCUGUUUUGCGGAAGGUUACAGAUUAGAAGAGUUUACUGUAGUGGUGUAGAUCCCUUCCAGAUAUGUUUCUUGUAAAACAGUCACAAUCCAUGUAAACAACAAAAAGCAAAUUGUUUUUAUAAUUUGUAAAGAUCUGUAUCUGGCUUUAUUUAUGGUUUGAGUGGACCAGGAUUCUGUAUAUUGGUCAUAGCUGGCUAUGUAUAGCCAGGUUCCCUCAGCAUUAUUGUUGUUCUAUUCUGUACAUAUUAAUUAUGGAACGUACGGUACAACGCCAGGGUACAGGGUGGACAAUGGGGUGUCAAGCUCUAGUUGUCCAGGGCCACAAUGUCUGUGACAUUUAGUUUCUCAUUUAAUUGAUUAAUAGAUAGGGGUCAAAUAGGCUUAUGUCAGGGUUAUGCAGCAAAUGUUAACUAAAGUCACUGUUGUAGGUACUACUAAUACUAUCGUUGAUAACUGAAAUGAAAGGUGUGAUCAGAGGUGUGAUUUGCUUUUUGCGUAGCAUCAUCAGCACUCGUCAUUAGUGGCACAUGGUGCUACAGGAUCACACACCUUAAUGCACUGUGUGUGUUUCUCACACACACUCACUCUCACACAGCGUGCAUGUGGUUCUUACACACACACAGCAUGUAGGACUCACACCUGUCUGGUGUGUGAGCUGAGAGAGGGAGAGAGAUGGAGGGAGAAAUAAAUAAAUAUAUAUUUAUAUAUAAAAUACAGAGAGGUAGAAAGAGAGCAUGUUGGAUUGCUCGCUCUCUCCUCAAGGUGUUCCACGUCACACUCAGCAUGACUCAAACUCCCUGAAUAAUGGAUGAACAAGACAGGAUUUAUUUCCUUCAUCCCCCUCCUCCCUCUAUAUGUGAGGAUUAUCAAGGCUGAAAAUAGCCCUCCUUUCCUAGGAGAAGUGAGAGCACACAUGAGAGAUGUUUGGGGGGGGGGGGGAACUUGUGAUUUAAAGCUCUGCACACCUCAGAUUUGUUUUCUCUACCCCCACUGUACUGUUUCCCCUCGGACUGGGCUCCAAACAGCUCCCACACCUUAGUGUCUGUGCAAAUCUCUGGUUCUGCUCAUUUUCACUUUUCAGAAGACUCUUUUUGGAAUAUGAUGAUGUACAUGUGGUUGUAAUAAAGAGAUUUUAAUUAGCUACUAAAACCUGUCCAGUGUUUGAAUUUUGAUUCUACGAUGUGAUCAGAUAAGGUACAUUUAGCUCCACCUAUCCUUCAAUAGAGCCUCCUUACCUAUUCCGUUCGUUCCGAUUUGCUAAGACAGGAGGGGUAGGAGCUUGUUUACUUUUCCGACUAGGCUAAUGUGUCCAGUUCUCACAGCAGUUUGGCCUCCAGCCAUUUUGUAAACCUGUAUUAUUAUGGAGUCGUUUCCACAUCCAUUCACAUUAAUGUUGAGUCCACUCUGUUUCCUAGAGCAGAGACACCAUUGCCCUCAUUGAGCUGUCCAACAUGGACCUAACUGAUCUGAAGAAACAAGAUGGCAAAUUCCAGGAAUUUGGCUUGACCGGUCAAUUCUUUUACAUCAGUGUGUGGAUAACUAAAAGGAGACAAGUAGGUUUUCAUUAUGAUAACUUGGUGGUCAGUCAUCAGUCAUUCCAGAGAUGAUGUGCUAUCUGGAAGGAUUAUACCAUGUACUGUAAAUACUUGACAAACUUGGGAAAUAGAUUAUUUAAGCAAACCUCAAAUGACACCCUAUUUCACAUAUAGUGGAAUGUGUACGACUACACUACAUAGACACUCUGGUCAAAACCAAAGUAGUGCAUUCUAUAGGCCAUGGCACAGUACUGUCUUUGGCCACGGUAGCAUAAGGUGUCACUUGGGAUUCAGACAUUGAUCUGAAUGAGACUUCUUCCUGGUUUAAAUCCUUCCAGCCUGUCUUUAGUCUGACUCAAAACUCAUGUCGUCAGCAGCACCCACCCAUCACCAGAACGCCAACAUGCGAUACAUCUGGCCAAUCGUCUAAUGAGCUCAGUCUUAUGUAACCAGUGUGAAUGAUGAGCCAGUCAGCCAUGCUGAGGAAACGCUCUUUCUUCUGCCCAUUCACUAAUUCCUUUUUAACUCUGACAGCCUGAGAGGGUGGCCAGAUGUCCACAGACACACAUAGGCAGAGACAGUCAGACACAAUUGUGAUUUUUCCUAUAUGGUACAUUUUCAUCUGCAACACUCAAAGUUGGUUCACUCUACCAGAUAAGCAAUGCACACACUGGGAACUGUUAAGUAGAACUAGCCUGUUGGCUGUUAUGUGGUGUCUUUUCACUGCUCUCAAUCACAAUCCAUAUUUCUCUAAUUUUUUUCUCAGUUCUUUUAUAAAAUAAAGUCAAAAUGGAAUCCAACUGUGCAGAAGCACAAAAUGGAAUCCAAAUGACAGAGAAAAGCUCUUCAUUAUCACCAUAUAGCUUUUCCAGGCAGUAAGACUGUAUCUCACCAGGCUCCACUCCGCUCUGCUGGGGGAUUGGUGCUGCAGCAGCGCCAUCAUGUGGCACAAACCUGUGUCAAAGCAUUCUGAAGGUUACAAAAUGGUGACUGAACUGCCUUAGCUCUGAUUGGUGGAGAGGACACUCCAGUAUCUGUACUGUGUAAUAGGGUUAAAUAUUUUCUGGGAAUUUUACAAAUGUUCCAUCCUGAGAAUAAAUAUGUCUGGAUAGAAAAUUAAUGAAAAUUCAAACCUGAUGCUACCUGAGCCUGAUGAGUCAUACACUAUGGACAUUUUAUGAGCCUAAGCCCAAAGAAGCCCAAAUUAUUGUGCCGUCAUCCAAUACAAAGCCUAUGGUGACUCCCUGGUUAAAUAAAGGUCAAAUAAAAUACACAGUGCAUCCGGAAAGUAUUCAGACCCAUUGACUUUUACCACAUUUUGUUACUUUACAGCAUUAUUCUAAAAUUGAUUAAAUUAUAUUUUUUCCUCAUCAAUCUACAAACAAUACCCCGUAAUGACAAAGCAAAAACAGAUUUUUUGACAUUUUUACAAAUGUAUAAAAAAAUAAAAUAAAAAUAAAGUAUUUACAUAAGUAUUCAGACCCUUUGCUAGGAGACUCGAAAUUGAGCUCAGGUGCAUUCUGUUUCCAUUGAUCAUCCUUGAGAUGUUUCUACAACUUGAUUGGAGUCCACCUGUGGUAAAUUCAAUUAAUUGGAUAUGAUUUGGAAAGGCACACACCUGUCUAUAUAAGGUCCCACAGUUGACGGUGCAUGUCAGAGCAAAAACCAAGCCAUGAGGUCGAAGGAAUUGUCCGUAGAGCUCCGAGACAUGAUUGUGUCGAGGCACAGAUCUGGGGAAGGGUACCAAAACAUUUCUGCAGCAUUGAAGGUCCCCAAGAACACAGUGGCCUCCAUCAUUAUUAAAUGGAAGAAGUUUGGAACCACCAAGACUCUUCCUAGAGCUGGCCGCCCGGCCAAACUGAGCAAUCGGGGGAGAAGGGCCUUGGUCAGGAAGGUGACCAAGAACCCGAUGGUCACUCUGACAGAGCUCCAGAGUUCCUCUGUGGAGAUGGGAGAACCUUCCAGAAGGACAAUCAUCUCUGCAGCACUCCACCAAUCAGGCCUUUAUGGUAGAGUGGCCAGACGGAAGCCACUCCUCAGUAAAAGGCACAUGACAGCCUGCUUGGAGUUUGCCAAAAGGCACCUAAAGGACUCUCAGACCAUGAGAAACAAGAUUCUCUGGUCUGAUUAAACCAAGAUUGAACUCUUUGGCCUGAAUGCCAAGCGUCACGUCUGGAGGAAACCUGGCACCAUCCCUACGGUGAAGCUUGGUUGUGGCAGCAUCAUGCUGUGGGGAUGUUUUUCAGCGGCAGGGACUGGGAGACUAGUCAGGAUCGAGGGAAAGAUGAACGGAGCAAAGUACAGAGAGAUCCUUGAUGGAAACCUGCUCCAGAGCACUCUGGACCUCAGACUGGGGUGAAGGUUCACCUUCCUACAGGAUAACGACCCUAAGCACACAGCCAAGACAACGCAGGAGUGACUUCGGGACAAGUCUCUGAAUGUCCUUGAGUGGCCCAGCCAGAACCCGGACUUGAACCCGAUCUAACAUCUCUGGAGAGACCUGAAACGCUCCCCAUACAACCUGACAGAGCUUGAGAGGAUCUGCAGAGAAGAAUGGGAGAAACUCCCCAAAUACAGGUGUGCCAAGCUUGUAGUGUCAUACCCAAGAAGACUCGAGGCUGUAAUUGUUGCCAAAGGUGCUACAACAAAGUACUGAGUAAAGGGUCUGAAUACUUAUGUAAAUGUGAUAUCAGUUUUUUAUUUUUAAUAAAUUUCCACCCCCAAAAAAUAUACAUAAAAAUACAUAUAUUUUAGAAUAAGGCUGUAGCGUAACAAAAUGUGGAAAAAGUCAAGGGGUCUGAAUACUUUCCGAAUGCACUGUAUAGCUAGGCUAUCGCACAUUAUGGAUUACAGAAAAACAUAAAAGCCCAUAGAUGUAGCUAUUCUGUCUUGGGUAAAUAAAUUAAACAAGCUCCAGUACGCUACUAUUUUUGAGUGUGGACUGUAUUACUGUACUGUAUUGCAUUAUAUAACUGGAAUUACACACCUUGUUCAAACCAUGAAGCUGUGAGAGAACAUGCAAUGCUGGUGCAGUACAUGUGGCCUACAGAAAUACAAUUAUAGGCUAGCAAAUUAAAUUUUGAUUUUGAAAUAUAAUAGGGCCAAUUUAAUAGUUGUAUAAUUAGUAGGCUGACGCAUAGGCCUAUAUAAGCUACCUUUCAUAAUAUUUCCCCUAAUGUUGCGCGACUUGCAUAUUAGCCUACCUCUUUCUCUCUAUUGUUGCUUGAUUCAUUCCUUGCUUUCAACAGUUAAAUCAAACAAUUUUCUCUGUCCUUAUCUUCAUCAUUGUAAUGACAUGCUUGAAUAAUAUAGGACUAGAAUGCAGACGGCUUCAUUUCCCUUCUCUUCAAGAAGAUUUAAUUGUUAUGUGUCUGAAUAAAUAACAGUGCCUUGCAAAAGUAUUCAUCCCCCUUGGCGUGUUUCCUAAUUUGUUGCAUUACAACCUGUAAUUUAAAUAGAUUUUUAUUUGGAUUUCAUACACAAAAUAGUCCAAAUUGGUGAAGUGAAAUGAAAAAACAACUUGUUUCAAACAAUUCUAAAAAAUAAAUAACCGAAAAGUGGUGCGUGCAUAUGUAUUCACCCCCUUUGCUAUGAAGCCCCUAAAUAAGAUCUGGUGCAACCAAUUACCUUCAGGAGUAACAUAAUUAGUUAAAUAAAGUCCACCUGUGUGCAAUCUAAGUGUCACAUGAUCUCAGAAUGUAUAUACACACCUGUUUUGAAAGGCCCCAGAGUCUGCAACACCACUAAGCAAGGGGCACCACCAAGCAAUCGGCACCAUGAAGACCAAGGAGCUCUCCAAACAGGUCAGGGACAAAGUUGUGGAGAAGUACAGAUCAGGGUUGGGUCAUAAAAAAAUAUCUGAAACUUUGAACAUCCCACGGAGCACCAUUAAAUCCAUUAUAAAAAAAUUGAAAGAAUAAGGCACCACAACAAACCUGCCAAGAGAGAGCCGCCCACCAAAACUCACGGACCAGGCAAGGAGGGCAUUAAUCAGAGAGGCAACAAAGACACCAAAGAUAACCCUCAAGGAGCUGCAAAGCUGUCCAUAGGACCACUCCACAGAGCUGGGCUUUACGGAAGAGUGGCCAGAAAAAAGCCAUUGCUUAAAGAAAAAAAUAAGCAAACACGUUUGGUGUUCGCCAAAAGCCAUGUGGGAGACUCCCCAAACAUAUGGAAGAAGGUGCUCUGGUCAGAUGAGACUAAAAUUGAGCUUUUUGGCCAUCAAGAAAAACGCUAUGUCUGGCGCAAACCCAACACCUCUCAUCACCCCGAGAACACCAUCCCCACAGUGAAGCAUGGUGGUGGCAGCAUCAUGCUGUGGGGAUGUUUUUCAUCGGCAGGGACUGGGAAACUGGUCAGAAUUGAAGGAAUGAUGGAUGGCGCUAAAUACAGGGAAAUCCUUGAGGGAAACCUGUUUCAGUCUUCCAGAGAUUUGAGACUGGGACGGAGGUUCAUCUUCCAGCAGGACAAUGACCCUAAGCAUACUGCUAAAGUCGAGUGGUUUAAGGGGAAACAUUUAAAUGUAUUGGAAUGGCCUAGUCAAAGCCCAGACCUCAAUCCACAAUUGAGAAUCUGUGGUAUGACUUAAAGAUUGCUGUACACCAGCGAAACCCAUCCAACUUGAAGGAGCUGGAGCAGUUUUGCCUUGAAGAAUGGGCAAAAAUCCCAGUGGCUAGAUGUGCCAAGCUUUUAGAGACAUACCCAAGAGACUUGCAGCUGUAAUUGCUGCAAAAGGUGGCUCUACAACGUAUUGACUUUGGGGGGGAUAGUUAUGCAUGCUCAAGUUCUGUUUUUUUUUUUUACAACAAAAAAUAUUUUGCAUCAUCAAAGUGGUAUGCAUGUUGGGUAAAUCAAAUGAUACAAACCCCCAAAAAAUCAAUUUUAAUUCCAGGUUGUAAGGCAACAAAAUAGGAAAAAUGGCAAGGGGGGUGAAUACUUUCGCAAGCCACUGUAUCUACAUAUACAGUACCAGUCAGAAGUUUGGACACACCUACUCAUACCAGGGUUUUUCUUUAUUUUUACUAUUUUCUAUAUUGUAGAAUAAAACUAUGAAUUAACACACAUGGAAUCAUGGCAAGAACAGCUCAAAUUAGCAAAGAGAAACGACAGUCCAUCAUUACUUUAAGACAUGAAGGUCAGUCAAUACGGAACAUUUAAAAGAACUUUGAAAGUUUCUUCAAGUGCAGUCGCAAAAACCAUUAAGCGCUAUGAUGAAACUGGCUCUCAUGAGGACCGCCACAGGAAAGGAAGACCCAGAGUUACCUCUGCUGCAAAGGAUACGUUCAUUAGAGUUAACUGUACCUCAGAUUGCAGCCAAAAUAAAUGCUUCACAGAGUUCAAGUAACAGACAUAUCUCAACAUUAACUGUUCAGAGGAGACUGUGUGAAUCAGGCCUUCAUGGUCGAAUUGCUGCAAACAAACCACUACUAAAGGACACCAAUAAGAAAAGAGACUUGCUUGGGCCAAGAAACACGAGCAAUGGACAUUAGACCGGUGGAAAUCUGUCCUUUGGUCUGAUGAGUCCAAAUUUGAGAUUAUUGGUUCCAACCGCCGUGUCUUUGUGAGACGCAGAGUAGGUGAACGGAUUAUCUCCACAUGUGUGGUUACCACCGUGAAGCAUGGAGGAGGUGGUGUGAUGGUGCUCUGCUGGUGACACUGUCGGUGAUUUCUUUAGAAUUCAAGGCACACUCAACCAGCAUGGCUACCACAGCAUUCUGCAGCGAUACACCAUCCCAUCUGGUUUGCGCUUAGUGGGACUAUCAUUUGUUUUUCAACAGGACAAUGACCCAAAACACACCUCCAGGUUGUGUAAGGGCUAUUUGACCAAGGAUAGUGAUAGAGUGCUGCAUCAGAUGACCUGGCCUCCACAAUCACCCGACCUCAACCCAACUGAGAUGGUUUGGGAUGAGUUGGACCGCAGAGUGGAGGAAAAGCAGCCAACAAGUGCUCAGCAUAUGUGGGAACUCCUUCAAGACUGUUGGAAAAGCAUUCCUUUAUGAAGCUGGUUGAGAGAAUACCAAGAGUGUGCAAAGCUGUCAUCAAGGCAAAAGGUGGCUACUUUGAAGAAUCUAAAAUAUAUUUUGAUUUGUUUAACACUUUGUUGUUACUACAUGAUAUUUGUGUUAUUUCAUAGUUUUGAUGUCUUCACUAUUAUGCUACAAUGUAAAAAAUAGUACAAACAAAGAAAAACCCUUGAAUGAGUAGGUGUGUCCCAACUUUUGACAGGUAUCAAUCUUGAACAGGAUUAUCUAUUUUGGAUGCAAUUUGAAUGGAAUUGAUGGAGAGAGAGAGAAAGACAGUGCUCAAGUACGCACUGAUUUAAAGCAAUGAUAUGCGAGUGAAAGGCUGUUUUAAAAUUCUGCAGCUGUAAAUAUAACACAAUAUCUAUCUUUACAAUUAAAAAGUAAGGUGACCCCGAAAGCCAGAUGGAGAUGUGUAAAUUAGACGCGCAUUCAGUCCUUAUAUUAUCAUACUGUAGUAUAGCCUAUGCAUGCUACAGCAAAUGUAGGCCUACCUGUCACAAGAAAAAAAGAAAUAUAAUUUACCGGUUUCUCAGUUAUAUAUCCCAGGAAAAGGGAGUGGGUUUUCGCAGGAAACCCGCUAUUCAACCCUACUGUGCAGUGAGUGACAGAGCGACUUAAAGGAGCAAUUAGGGUUAAGUACCUUGCUCAACGGCACAUCGACAGAUUUUUCACCUAGUCUGCUCGGGGAUUCAAACCAGCGACCUUUCGGUUACUGGCCCAAAGCUCUUAACCACUAGGCUACCUGCUGCCCUUCUCUUGGUCCAUUUCUGUUACUCUUACCAAAAACUGCAAAAAGAGAAAGUGUGAAUCUGCCAUGUUGCAGGGGCAUAGAGUUACCAGUCAGAACUCUCAUCCAAACCUGUGACAUCAUCAGGUCUCAUACAGCAGUCUUUGAUAGAAUGGAGAUAAUCCAAGUACCAUGGCAACACAGAAAGCGAGACAGCCGGUGGAUUUACGAAACCCCACAGUCAACAGCCUGAGCGAUGUGAUGUCAUAAUGAGAGUUGAGUGAUGUCACAAAAAUUGUCUUUUGAGUUUAGGAGAGCGUAAAAACAGUUCAGUUGCCUGUCCUUCCCCCUCCAGAACCACAGGGGGUGAUGAUGAAGAUGCUGGCUCAGUCCAGACCCACAAUAUCAUGCUGUUUGUAGGACUGUGAAACCAGGCUCCCUGUAGGAAAGACACCAAUAAUAUCACAUAUAAUACAUAGAAAAGGUCUCACAACGAACAUACUCCUUAUCUACUGAGGAGAAACGCUCAGGAAUGAUGUCCUUGUCUUGAACACUACAUUUUGUCCGUCUUACCUUCUUCCCAGGUACAGAAAUUAUAGUGUAUCAAUUUCAUACUUUUCCCAGAGCAGACAGUAUGGUCAACAUUAACUAAACACAGAAUUCAAAGCAGAGGCAUUUCAGGUAUAUCAUCUCUUACCAUAACGAUUUUUCAAUAAUGCAACUUGAAAAGAGAUGCUUUUGGAGGUGUAUUGGAAAAUAAAAUGUGAUUCAAAAGAAUAAAUUCCCUCACUGCUUGCUUGCAAGGUUUCACUUAUUUAUUUCAAUAGCAAACAUUUGUCAAUGUCUCCUUUUGAAUCACUGAUGCAAUUUGACCCAAUUACAUUGCAUAGCCCGGUGUCAUGGGCCCGAGGGACACCAAUGCAUGAGUUGUUUUUUACAAACAAAAAAUGAGAAGAACUUUGAACACAGCCUAAGACAGCUCAGUUUUGCUCAACUCUCAGUGUCUUGCAUUGUGGUCCAGCAGGAUGAUUUGCCAGUUGUUAAAAAAAGCUUGGCAAACAUCCCUUAUCUUAGAGCAGAAAACUUGAUUCUUGAUUCCACAAAUAUACAAAACGUACAAACACCCAAACACACACACACAUCCAACCUAGACACAAACCUGGAUAUACCCACCCACCAACACACACCUACAGACACACAAGCCCAGGGAAGAGCGAGGCCGGAGCGGAGUGGAGCAGGAGGGUCAAAGGGCAAGCAGGAAGUAGACAAACCAGCCGCAGGUCAGGUCAGGUCAGUAUAGAGCCAGCUAGCCCCAGGCCAGUCGGCCAACCGGUGGCCAUAUUGGAAACCAAACCAAACCAACAACCAGGAAGCCAGAAUCAAAACUAACCCAUCUCCUCACAGUGGGGAGAAUCUUUCUUGAUUUUGUUUGGAUUAGUCCCACCACCACAUUUCAAAUCUGUCCCAGAAUCAGUUCCUAAUCAGCAGAGUUAAGGGGGGUGGGUUGUAGGGUGGGGGGUUGGGGGUUGGGGGUUGGGGGCCUGGGGAUAGGGGGCAGUUUGGGCGGCUCAGUUAAAGGGUCAGUGUCUGUUUGUGGGGUCGGCCGAGCCGGGCCGCGGGAGCAGAGGGCUGCUGAAGUAUUUUAGCUAGCAGGAUCAGCAUAGCUCCCCGUGGUGGCCAUCAUAUCACAUCCUUACCUGCAGCAGUAAGGCCCCCCUCCGCUCUGCCUUUCAUCCCUACUCCUCCCACUUCCACUCCGUCAGGGUAGACCCUGUCCCCCCUGUAGGGUUUGGGCCUGAAGGGGAAGUCUUUCUCUUUACCUUUGGAGCCUUUCGGCCGUCCUGCUGUCUUCUUCUUGGACUUGCUGUCUCCCUUCACCCCCAGUAAGGGGUGCACCUCUGGGAUAGGGGGAGAAUAUACAAGUCAAAUAGGUAUCCAAUCAAUGGUUAAAAAUUGUUGUGUGUGUGUUCUUCUGACUCUCACCAUCACUGGGCACCCCCUGUAGUUCGAUGAUGGUGGUGGUACGGCCCUUCUUUUUGGGCGGAGCUCCUUCUGAGGAUGGCUGGCGCUGCUUCUUGUCCCCGCCCCCUGUGUGGGAAGAACCAUCUUCUGCGGGGGCGGUCUGGACAGCUGCAUCCGGAGGGGGACCAAAUGGAUUCUCCUCAGGGUCCUCUACCUCUGGAGCGAUGGGCAGGUAGAGCAAGGCCUUGAAGUCUUCCAGCUCCUCAUCACUAACACGAGGGGGUGAGGGGGCACAAUCAACAUUAGUAUUGUAUUGCAAUUACAUUUCUAUUCAAUUGCCUUGCCUAUAAACGUCUCACUAUCACAACACCUGUCUACCUUCAUCAUCAUCACACACACACUCACCUGCUGCAAAAAGCCACAAUGGGGUCAACAGAGGUCACAUCCACCUCCUCAUCCUCCGCAGCAUCCACACCUGGGACACACACAUGAACACACAAAUACAGUGCCUUGUAAAAGCAUUCAUCCCCCUUGGCGUUUUUCCUAUUUUGUUCCAUUACAACCUGUAAUUUAAAUUGAUAUUUAUUUGGAUUUCAUGUAAUGGACAUACACAAAAUAGUCCAAAUUGGUGAAGUGAAAUGAAAAAAUUACUUGUUUCAAUAAAUAAAUAACAGAAAAUGGUGCGUGCAUAUGUAUUCACCCCCUUUGCUAUGAAGCCCCUAAAUAAGAUCUGGUGCAACCAAUUACCUUCAGGAGUAACAUAAUUAGUUAAAUAAAGUCCACCUGUGUGCAAUCUAAGUGUCACAUGAUCUCAGUAUAUAUAUACACCUGUUCUGAAAAGCCCCAGAGUCUGCAACACUACUAAGCAAGGGGCACCACGAAGCAAGCGGCACCAUGAAGACCAAGGAGCUCUCCAAACAGAUCAGGGACAUAGUUGUGGAGAAGUACAGAUCAGGUUUGGGUUAUAAAAAAAUAUCUGAAACUUUGAACAUCCCACGGAGCACCAUUAAAUCCAUUAUUAAAAAAUGGAAAGAAUAUGGCACCACAACAAACCUGCCAAGAGAGGGCCGCCCACCAAAACUCACGGAUCAGGCAAGGAGGGCGUUAAUCAGAGAGGCAACAAAGAAACCAAAGAUAACCCUGAAGGAGCUGCGAAGCUGUCCAUAGGACCACUCCACAGAGCUGGGCUUUACAGAAGAGUGGCCAGAAAAAAGCCAUUGCUUAAAGAAAAAAAUAAGCAAACACGUUUGGUGUUCGCCAAAAGCCAUGUGGGAGACUCCCCAAACAUAUGGAAGAAGGUACUCUGGUCAGAUGAGACUAAAAUUGAGCUUUUUGGCCAUCAAGGAAAACGCUAUGUCUGGCGCAAACCCAACACCUCUCAUCACCCCGAGAACACCAUCCUCACAGUGAAGCAUGGUGGUGGCAGCAUCAUGCUGUGGGGAUGGUUUUCAUCGGCAGGGACUGGGAAACUGGUCAGAAUUGAAGGAAUGAUGGAUAGCGCUAAAUACAGGGCCUUUCUUGAGGGAAACCUGCUUCAGUCUUCCAGAGAUUUGAGACUGGGACGGAGGUUCACCUUCCAGCAGGACAAUGACCCUAAGCAUACUGCUAAAGCAACACUCGAGUGGUUUAAGUGGAAACAUUUAAAUGUCUUGGAAUGGCCUAGUCAAAGCCCAGACCUCAAUCCAAUUGAGAAUCUGUGGUAUGACUUAAAGAUUGCUGUACACCAGCGGAACCCAUCCAACUUGAAGGAGCUGGAGCAGUUUUGCCUUGAAGAAUGGGCAAAAAUCCCAGUGGCUAGAUGUGCCAAGCUUAUAGAGACAUACCCAAGAGACUGGCAGCUGUAAUUGCUGCAAAAUAGUUAUGCACGCUCAAGUUUUCUGUUUUUUUUUGUCUUAUUUCUUGUUUGUUUCACAAUAAAAAAUAUUUUGCAUCUUCAAAGUGGUAGGCAUGUUGUGUAAAUCAAAUGAUACAAACCCCCAAAAAUCAAUUUUAAUUCCAGGUUGUAAGGCAACAAAAUAGGAAAAAUGCCAAGGGGGGUGAAUACUUUCGCAAGCCAUUGUAAGUCCCUGACAAGUAGCAAUGUCUCUCCCUUUAUGCACACGUUUGUGUGUGUGUGUGUGUGUGUGUACCUGUCUGUUCAGGUUCGCUUUUAUCCUCGUCUUCUAUAUCAAACUCAGACUCUCUCUCCUCAUACUCCACGUUCUCAUCCAGCUCCUUAAAGUCUGGGGCGAACGCACUCCAGUUUUCCUGAACACAAAAUCACAGCAUGGAAUGAAUUAACCAACCCAUUCCAUUAGAUCCACAACCAUAACAUCCAUCCUCAUCAGUAGACAUAGUUUUGGUUCAUGAUUCUGGAAUCUUGUGGACUCCUAAAUUAUUCCUCUUUUAACAUUGCUUCAAGGGCGAUUCCACGCCAGCAUUUUUGGUAUUCCAGACUGUUCUGGCAAUUCUCACAUAAAAUCUUCAAUGGGAGGAAGGAUGUUUAAAGGUAGACUCAGCAAUAUGACGUAGAUGCAGAAAGUAAACAGCAUAGUGGGUCAAUUUCCGCAAAAACUAAGAGCGUUGAAGCGCAAGGCUCAACUUCUCCGCUGUUUUGGUGCACUGGCUACCACGCUGUGAACAGCGUGAAGCAAACCCGUGCACAUGUGCAGACACUGUAUUAUUAUUUUUUUUUUUUCCACCUUUAUUUAACCAGGUAAACCAGUUGAGAACAAGUUCUCAUUUACAACUGCGACCUGGCCAAGAUAAAGCAAAGCAGUGCGAUAAAAAACAACACAGAGUUACAUAUGGGGUAAAACAACACAAAGUCAAAAAUACAACAGAAAUACAUAUAUAUACAGUGUGUGCAAAUUUAGCAAGUUAUGGAGGUAAGGCAAUAAAAUAGGCUAUAGUGCAAAAUCAUUACAAUUAGUAUUAACACUGGAAUGAUAGAUGUGCAAGAGAUGAUGUGCAAAUAGAGAUACUGGGGUACAAAUGAGCAAAAUAAAUAACAAUAUAGGGAUGAGGUAGUUGGGCGGGCUAAUUUCAGAUGGGCUGUGUACAGGUGCAGUGAUCGGUAAGGUGCUCUGACAACUGAUGCUUAAAGUUAGUGAGGGAGAUAAGUGUCUCCAGCUUCAGAGAUUUUUGCAAUUUGUUCCAGUCAUUGGCAGCAGAAAACUGGAAGGAAUUGCGGCCAAAGGAGGUGUUGGCUUUGGGGAUGACCAGUGAGAUAUACCCGCUGGAGCGCAGACUACGGGUGGGUGUUGCUAUGGUGACCAAUGAGCUAAGAUAAGGCGGGGAUUUGCCUAGCAGUGAUUUAUAGAUGGCCUGGAGCCAGUGGGUUUGGCGACGAAUAUGUAGUGAGGACCAGCCAACAAGAGCGUACAGGUCACAGUGGUGGGUAUUAUAUGGGGCUUUGGAGACAAAACGGAUGGCACUGUGAUAGACUACAUCCAAUUUGCUGAGUAGAGUGUUGGAGGCUAUUUUGUAAAUGACAUCGCCGAAGUCAAGGAUCGGUAGGAUAGUCAGUUUUACGAGGGCAUGUUUGGCAGCAUGAGUGAAGGAGGCUUUGUUGCGAAAUAGGAAACCGAUUCUAGAUUUAACUUUGUAUUGGAGAUUCUUAAUGUGAGUCUGGAAGGAGAGUUUACAGUCUAACCAGACACCUACAUAUUUGUAGUUAUCCACAUACUCUAGGUCAGACCCGUCGAGAGUAGUGAUUCUAGUUGGGUGGGCGGGUGCAAGCAGCGUUCGGUUGAAGAGCAUGCAUUUAGUUUUACUAGUGUUUAAGAGCAGUUGGAGGCUACUGAAGGAGUGUUGUAUGGAAUUGAAGCUCGUUUGGAGGUUUGUUAACACAGUGUCCAAUGAAGGGCCAGAGGUAUACAAAAUGGUGUCGUCUGCGUAGAGGUGGAUCUGAGAGUCACCAGCAGCAAGAGCGACGUCAUUGAUAUACACAGAGAAAAGAGUCGGCCCAAGAAUUGAACCCUGUGGCACCCCCAUAGAGACUGCCAUAGGUCCAGACAACAGGCCCUCCGAUUUGACACAUUGAACUCUAUCUGAGAAGUAGUUGGUGAACCAGGCGAGGCAGUCAUUUGAGAAACCAAGGCUAUUUAGUCUGCCAAUAAGAAUGCGGUGGUUGACAGAGUCGAAAGCCUUGGCCAGGUCAAUGAAAACGGCUGCACAGUACUGUCUAUUAUCGAUCGCGGUUAUAAUAUCGUUUAGGACCUUGAGCGUGGCUGAAGUGCACCCAUGACCAGCUCGGAAACCGGAUUGCAUAGCGGAGAAGGUAUGGUGGGAUUCGAAAUGGUCGGUGAUCUGUUUGUUGACUUGGCUUUCAAAAACUUUUGAAAGGCAGGGCAGGAUGGAUAUGGGUCUGUAACAGUUUGGAUCUAGAGUGUCACCCCCUUUGAAGAGGGGGAUGACCGCGGCAGCUUUCCAAUCUCUGGGGAUCUCAGACGUUACGAAAGAGAGGUUGAACAGGCUAGUAAUAGGGGUUGCGACAAUUUCGGCGGCUAGUUUUAGAAAGAAAGGGUCCAGAUUGUCUAGCCCAGAUGAUUUGUAGGGGUCCAGAUUUUGCAGCUCUUUUAGAACAUCAGCUGUCUGGAUUUGUGUGAAGGAGAAGCGGGGGGGGGCAUGGGCAAGUUGCAGCGGAGGGUGCAGAGCUGGUGGCCGGGGUAGUGGUAGCCAGGUGGAAAGCAUGGCCAGCCGUAGCAAAAUGCUUGUUGAAAUUCUCGAUUAUUGUAGAUUUAUCGGUGGUGAUAGUGUUUCCUAGCCUCAGUGCAGUGGGCAGCUGGGAGGAAGUGCUCUUAUUUUCCAUGGACUUUACAGUGUCCCAAAACUUUUUGGAGUUAGUGCUACAGGAUGCAAAUUUCUGUUUGAAAAAGUUAGCCUUUGCUUUCCUAACUGCUUGUGUAUAUUGGUUCCUAACUUCCCUGAAAAGUUGCAUAUCGCGGGGGCUAUUUGAUGCUAAUGCAGUACGCCACAGGAUGUUUUUGUGCUGGUCAAGGGCAGUCAAGUCUGAGGAGAACCAGGGGCUAUAUCUGUUCUUAGUUCUGUAUUUUUUGAAUGGGGCAUGUCUAUUUAAGAUUGAGAGGAAAUUACUUUUAAAGAACAACCAGGCAUCCUCUACUGACGGAAUGAGAUCUAUAUCCAUCCAGGAUACCUGGGCCAGGUCAAUUAGGAAGGCCUGCUCGCUGAAGUGUUUUUGGGAGCGUUUGACAGUGAUGAGGGGAGGUCGUUUGACCGCGGACCCGUUACGGACGCAGGCAAUAAGGCAGUGAUCGCUGAGAUCCUGGUUGAAGACAGCGGAGGUGUAUUUAGAGGGUAAGUUAGUCAGGAUGAUAUCUAUGAGGGUACCCAUGUUUAUGGAUUUAGGGUUGUACCUGGUAGGUUCGUUGAUAAUUUGUGUGAGAUUGAGGGCAUCUAGUUUAGAUUGUAGGAUGGCCGGGGUGUUAAGCAUAUCCCAAUUUAGGUCACCAAGCAGUACGAACUCUGAGGAUAGAUGGGGGGCAAUCAAUUCACAUAUGGUGUCCAGGGCACAGCUGGGGGCUGAGGGGGGUCUGUAGCAAGCGGCAACAGUGAGAGAUUUAUUUCUGGAAAGGUGGAUUUUUAGAAGUAGAAGCUCAAACUGUUUGGGCACAGACCUGGAUAGUAUGAUAGAGCUCUGCAGGCUAUCUCUACAGUAGAUUGCAACUCCACCCCCUUUGGCAGUUCUAUCUAGACGGAAAAUGUUUAUAGUUGGGGAUGGAAAUUUCAGAAUUUUUGGUGGCCUUCCUAAGCCAGGAUUCAGACACUGCUAGAACAUAUGUGACUGUGUUAGAGCGAAGUCUUGAAUCUCACUCAUCUCAAUAUCUGCGGUGCUGCUCGUGGUAACGUCAUUUCGCUGAGUCUACCUUUAACAUGCUUUUUACAUUGGUAUCACAAACCAUUUCCUUUUAUAAGACAGAGAUAUUUGCCAUCCAUUGAGUUAGACUUAACCAUUACUUCCAAUGGUAAUCGACCCAGUCGUCUACUGGCUACCAAGCUUUGCAGUAAUGAUCAAUUAGCGGAUAUUGCAACCAUUGAAUAUGACAACAAUUCUAUAUGCCAAUCCCUCAGCCAUAGUAAUAACAGGCAAUACCUGCUCUGUUCAGAAUAACUAGAAGUAGCAGGCAAGGUGAUCCCAUCUCACCUCUGCUAUUUUUAUUUUCUAUGGAGCCCCUGGCCCAGGCAGUUCGACAAUCGAAAGAAAUUACACCAAUAUCUCUCAAUCCUACGGAUUACGUCAUCUCAUUAUACGCCGGCGAUAUCUUACUUUAUCUAGAUAAUGUAUCUCAAUCUCUCCCAAGCGCUUUGAAGAUCAUAGACAAAUUCAGCUCCAUCUCAAGUUCUAAAAUAAAUCUAACCAAAUCUUCCUUACUCCCCCCUCAAGAACCCGACAGAGGACCCAAUCUCUAAUUAUGGAAUCCCAAUUGUUUGUCAUUUUAAAUAUUUAGGAAUAGAUACAGUAUAUUUCCUUCUUUAGAUAAAACCAUUGCCGAAAACUUCAACAGAACGCUCAAAUCAAUUAAAUCAGACCUCAGUAGAUGGACUAACAUUUCAGUCGCUCUCACCGGCAGAAUUUCUAUUGUGAAAUUGAGUCUCCCCCUUCCGGUUAUUGGGAUAAAAUCCACAGAGCGUUUUCAAAAUGUAUAUGGGAAGGUAAGAGAUCCCGGACUAAAUUAAUACAUUUACAGAGAGGGCAUUUCACCCAAUUAUAAAUUGUUUUAGAUAUUACUCUUCCGCUCCCUGGCUGAUAACAGAGAGAAAUAUGGUGGUCCCCAUUGCCCUGGAAGAUGUGGUGUUCAUUGGUCUCUCUCUUAAACAAUGUAAACUACGCUUUGGACCUAUUAUUUAUCACACAAAUCUAUGCAACUGGGAAACGAAAUGGCACGCCCAGACUCAAAUAUUUAACAAUUAUGCCUUGCGAUCUGGAGGAUGGCCUUUCACAUCGCCCCAAUGGUCCAAAUGUGGUAUCUGUAUCCUUGGCGAUAUCAUGGAUAGUAAUGGUUUGAGGAAAGAUGAAGAUGUGGGUGGAGGGGGGCUAGGCGGGGUAGAAGACAUGGUUUCCGGGUGGGGAGGGAGGAUGUGGGCUGGUGGAUGGUGAUUGACGGGGUUGGGGAGCCUUCUUUAUUUUCCUUGCAUACAGAAUAUUACAAAACUGUUGUUGCUGUUCUUUGUCUUUGUAUGCAUUUUUCUUCUUCUUUCGAGUGGCAGCCCACAGGUACAGGAAAGUAUGAAAUGCAAAUAUUAUAACUGAAUGUAUGAAUAUAUCUGAAUUAAUAUGACUUUGAAUGUUAUACCUGUCCCUGUAACCCCUUCUGAAAAAAUGACAAACUAAAUAAAAAGUUGGUCACAAACAAAUAACAAAAAUAUUUAAAAUCAUGAUGAAAGUGGCCCUUUUAGGAUCUAUUCCUACUGUAAAAAAAAUAAAUCCUAUGAUCCUUGGUACAGACCAUAGAGAGCCUAUUAAAUGACUAGAGGGGCUAUGUCAUAAACUCUCAAAGUUUCAGAGUGGGGUGAAAAUUGUAGCCAUAUUGGCCAGGGAGAAAUCCAAAUCAGUCAAUUUGGAAUGAAUGGCAGUAGAGGCAUAAUCCUGAUUUUUCUUAUGCAGGAAAAUAAAAGUAAGGCAUGUGAUAUAUCAGAAAUUGUGUAGUAGAAUUAUUGUCAACAUAGAACAUUGUCAUAUAAUCAUAAAUACAGCUUAUACAGAUUUUAUACACAUUUUCUGUAUAAAUAGCCUCUAAAAUACAUGCAUAAAGACCAUAAUUGUCUCCAUUUUAGUUUUUCUUGGAAAGUUGUGAGUGCUAUUAUAUGAUACAAUAUCAGUACUUGUCAUCAACUGAUUUGACCCCCCCCCAAAAAAAAAAAUAAAAAAAAUAAUAAUAAAUAAAACAUUGUAAAGUGGUCCACAUCCCACUGGCUAUAGGGUGAAUGCACCAAUUUGUAAGUCGCUCUGGAUAAGAGCGUCUGCUAAAUGACGUAAAUGUAAAUGUAAAUUUCAGCCAGUGCAUGGCUGUGUAUUGACUGCAUUUUUUAAAUAACUUAUCCCAGCACUGGCAAACUGUGGUUGACCAACUCCCUGACCAAAAUGGCUGACCUUUGUAUUUGUAUUUAUUAUGGAUCCCCAUACUCUUCCUGGGGUCCAGCAAAAUUAAGGCAGUUCAUACAAUUUUAAAAACAUUACAAUACAUUCACAGAUUUCACAACACACUGUGCCCUCAGGCCCCUACUCCACCACUACCACAUAUCUACAGUACAAAAUCCAUGUGUACAGUGGGGGGAAAAAAGUAUUUAGUCAGCCACCAAUUGUGCAAGUUCUCCCACUUAAAAAGAUGAGAGAGGCCUGUAAUUUUCAUCAUAGGUACACAACUAUGACAGACAAAUUGAGAAAAAAAAAUGUAGGAUUUUUAAUGAAUUUAUUUGCAAAUUAUGGUGGAAAAUAAGUAUUUGGUCAAUAACAAAAGUUUCUCAAUACUUUGUUAUAUACCCUUUGUUGGCACUGACACAGGUCAAACGUUUUCUGUAAGUCUUCACAAGGUUUUCACACACUGUUGCUGGUAUUUUGGCCCAUUCCUCCAUGCAGAUCUCCUCUAGAGCAGUGAUGUUUUGGGGCUGUCGCUGGGCAACACGGACUUUAAACUCCCUCCAAAGAUUUUCUAUGGGGUUGAGAUCUGGAGACUGGCUAGGCCACUCCAGGACCUUGAAAUGCUUCUUACGAAGCCACUCCUUCGUUGCCCGGGCGGUGUGUUUGGGAUCAUUGUCAUGCUGAAAGACCCAGCCACGUUUCAUCUUCAAUGCCCUUGCUGAUGGAAGGAGGUUUUCAAUCAAAAUCUCACGAUACAUGGCCCCAUUCAUUCUUUCCUUUACACGGAUCAGUCGUCCUGGUCCCUUUGCAGAAAAACAGCCCCAAAGCAUGAUUUUUUCCACCCACAUGCUUCACAGUAGGUAUGGUGUUCUUUGUAUGCAACUCAGCAUUCUUUGUCCUCCAAACACGACGAGUUGAGUUUUUACCAAAAAGUUCUAUUUUGGUUUCAUCUGACCAUAUGACAUUCUCCCAAUCCUCUUCUGGAUCAUCCAAAUGCACUCUAGCAAACUUCAGACGGGCCUGGACAUGUACUGGCUUAAGCAGGGGGACACGUCUGGCACUGCAGGAUUUGAGUCCCUGGCGGCGUAGUGUGUUACUGAUGGUAGGCUUUGUUACUUUGGUCCCAGCUCUCUGCAGGUUAUUCACUAGGUCCCCCCGUGUGGUUCUGGGAUUUUUGCUCACCGUUCUUGUGAUCAUUUUGACCCCACGGGGUGAGAUCUUGCGUGGAGCCCCAGAUCGAGGGAGAUUAUCAGUGGUCUUGUAUGUCUUCAAUUUCCUAAUAAUUGCUCCCACAGUUGAUUUCUUCAAAUCAAGCUGCUUACCUAUUGCAGAUUCAGUCUUCCCAGCCUGGUGCAGGUCUACAAUUGUGUUUCUGGUGUCCUUUGACAGCUCUUUGGUCUUGGCCAUAGUGGAGUUUGGAGUGUGACUGUUUGAGGUUGUGGACAGGUGUCUUUUAUACUGAUAACAAGUUCAAACAGGUGCCAUUAAUACAGGUAACGAGUGGAGGACAGAGGAGCCUCUUAAAGAAGAAGUUACAGGUCUGUGAGAGCCAGAAAUCUUGCUUGUUUGUAGGUGACCAAAUACUUAUUUUCCACCAUAAUUUGCAAAUAAAUUCAUUAAAAAUCCUACUUUUUUUUUCUCAAUUUGUCUGUCAUAGUUGUGUACCUAUGAUGAAAAUUACAGGCCUCUCUCAUCUUUUUAAGUGGGAGAACAUGCACAAUUGGUGGCUGACUAAAUACUUUUUUCCCCCACUGUACGUGUGUGUAUAGUGCGUAUGUUAUCUUGUGUGUGUAUGCAUGUGUCUGUGCCUAUGUUUGUGUUGCUUCACAGUCCCAGCUGUUCCAUUAGGUGUUUUUAAUCUGUUUUUUAAAUCUAAUUUUACUUCUUGCAUCAGUUACUUGAUGUGGAAUAGAGUUCCAUGUAGUUAUGGCUCUAUGUAGUACUGUGCGCCUCCCAUAGUCUGUUCUGGACUUGGGGACUGUGAAGAGACCUCUGGUGGCAUGUCUUGUGGGGUAUGCAUGGGUGUCCGAGCUGUGUGCCAGUAGUUCAAACAGACAGCUCGGUUCAUUCAACAUGUCAAUAUCUCUCAUAAAUACAAGUAGUGAUGAAGUCAAUCUCUCCUCCACUUUGAGUCUGGAGAGAUUGACAUGCAUAUUAUUAAUAUUAGCUCUCUGUGUACAUCCAAGGGCCAGCCGUGCUGCCCUGUUCUGAGCCAAUUGCACUUUUCCUAAGUCCUUUAUUGUGGCACCUGACCACACGACUGAACAGUAGUCCAGGUGUGACAAAACUAGGGCCUGUAGGACCUGCCUUGUUGAUAGCGCUGUUAAGAAGGUAGAGCAGCGCUUUAUUAUGGACAUACUUCUCCACAUUUUAGCUACUGUUGUAUCAAUAUGCUUUGACCAUGACAGUCUAGAAUCCACGGUUACUCCAAUCAGUUUAGUCACCUCAACUUGCUCAAUUUCCACAUUAUUUAUUAUAGUUGAGGUUUAGGGUUUAGUGAAUGAUUUGUGAAUGCUUUUAGUUUUAGAAAUAUUUAGGUGUAAUGUAUUCCUUGCCACCCACUCUGAAACUAACUGCAACUGUUUGUUAAGUGUUGCAGUCAUUUCAGUCGCUGUAGUAGCUGACAUGUAUAGUGUUGAGUCAGCCGCAUACAUAGACACUCUGGCUUUACUCAAAGCCAGUGGCAUGUCAUUAGUAAUGAUUGAAAAAAGUAAUGGGCCUAGACAGCUGCCCUGGGGAAUUCCUGAUUCUACCUGGAUUAUGUUGGAGAGGCUUCCAUUAAAAGAACACCCUCUGUGUUCUGUUAGACAGGUAACUCUUGAUCCACAAUAUAGCAGGUGGAGUAAAGCCAUAACACAUACGUUUUUCCAGCAGCAGACUAUGAUCGAUAAUGUCAAAAGCCGCACUGAAGUCUAACAAAACAGUCCCCACAAUCUUUUUAUCAUCAAUUUCUCUCAGCCAAUGAUCAGUCAUUUGUGUAAGUGCUGUGCUUGUUGAAUGUAUUUCUCUAUAAGCAUGCUGAAAGUUUGUUGUCAAUUUAGUUUACUGUAAAAUAGCACUGUAUCUGGUCAAACACCAUUUUUUGGGUUGGUAACAGGCUAAUUGGUUGGCUUUGUGAUGGCCACUCCAAUACCUUGACUUUUGCCAUUUUGCCACAACUUUGGAAGUAUGCUUGGGGUCAUUGUCCAUUUGGAAGACCCAUUUGCAACCAAGCUUUAACUUCCUGACUGAUGUCUUGAGAUGUUGCUUCAAUAUAUCCACAUAAUCUUCCUUCCUCAUGAUGCCAUCUAUUUUGUGAAGUGCACCAGUCCCUCCUGCAGCAAAGCACCCCCACAGCAUGAUGCUGCCACCCCCGUGCUUCAUGGUUGGCAUGGUGUUCUUCGGCUUGCAAGCCUCCCUUUUUCCUCCAAACAUAACGAUGGUCAUUAUGGCCAAACAGUUCUAUUUUUGUUUCAUCAGGCCAGAGGACAUUUCUCCAAAAAGUACGAUCUUUGUCCCCAUGUGCAGUUGCAAACAGUAGUCUGGCUUUUUUAUGGCGGUUUUGGAGCAGUGGCUUCUUCCUUGCUGAGCGGCCUUUCAGGUUAUGUCGAUAUAGGACUCGUUUUACUGUGGAUAUAUAUACUUUGUACCUGUUUCCUCCAGCAUCUUCACAAGGUCCUUUUCUGUUGUUCUGAUUUGCACUUUUCGCACCAAAGUACGUUCAUCUCUAGGAGACAGAACGCGUCUCCUUCCUGAGCGGUAUGAUGGCUGCAUGGUCCCAUGGUGUUUAUACUUGCGUACUAUUGUUUGUACAGAUGAACAUUGUACCUUCAGGCGUUUGGAAAUUGCUCCCAAGGAUGAACCAGACAUGUGGAUGAACCAGACUUUUUUUCUGAGGUCUUGGCUGAUUUCUUUUGAUUUUCCCAUGAUGUCAAGCAAAGAGGCACUGAGUUUGAAGGUAGGCCUUGAAAUACAUCCACAGGUACACCUCCAAUUGACUCAAAUGAUGUCAAUUAGCCUAUCAGAAGCUUCUAAAGCCAUGACAUGAUUUUCUGGAAUUUUCCAAGCUGUUUAAAGGCACAGUCAACUUAGUGUAUGUAAACUUCUGACCCACAGGAAUUGUGAUACAGUGAAUUAUAAGUGAAAUAAUCUGUCUGUAAACAAUUGUUGGAAAAAUUACUUGUGUCAUGCACAAAGUAGAUGUCCUAACCAAGUUGCCAAAACUACAGUUUGUUAACAAGAAAUUUGUGGAGUGGUUGAAAAACGAGUUUUAAUGACUCCAACCUAUGUGUAUGUAAACUUCCGACUUCAACUGUAUAUAAAAUGUAAUUUGGAAUGUAUAAAAGCCUAUUGUUUAUGAUAUUAUAAACAUACUGUACUUUAAUAAUAGGCUAUUUUGUUGUAUGGGUGAAUUAAAAAGUAUUUUGUCAUCUCUGCUUUGCCAAGUCCCAUUGAAUAAAACAUUUCUUAUUGCCCAACUAUUUAUUUUAUUUCUUUACAAUUUAAACACAUUUAGCAUAGACAAUGUAAUUGUUGUGGUAGUCUUAAGCAAACCAUCUUCAUUAUCACAGUGGCACCUCCAAGUACCACUCAGACUUUCUUGGAGAAAAGUAUUUAGCAUUGAACGUGGUGGUAGUAGUUGUUGUGUGUAUGUUUUAAGCUAAGGAUCCAUCUCCUGCUGUCAGACAUUUCACCACCUAGAUUACAAGGGAUGGAUUUGCACCAAAAAAUGUAAUGUCAGCACAAGGCAUGUACAAAGUCUAGUAUAAUGAUUAGCGGUCCCGUGUAGCUCAGUUGGUAGAGCAUGGCGCUUGCAACGCCAGGGUUGUGGGUUCGAUUCCCACGGGGGACCAGUACAAAAAUGUAUGCACUCACUACUGUAAGUCGCUCUGGAUAAGAGUGUCUGUUAAAUGACGUAAAUGUAAAAAUAUACAUUGUCUACUGGUAUAAUUUUUAAAUUGAGAACAUAUAGAUGAACAAUAUGUAAACAGUGUGUGAGUUAAGCUAUUCUCUGCUUCAGAUGCACAAUGUCAAGGUGUGCAUUGCAAAUGCCCAUAAGGCUAAUGUCAUCAUACUGUAGGCCAGUGGUUCCCAACUCCGGUCCUCGAGUACCCUCCAACAGUACAGUCUUAUUGUAGCCGCAGACAAAUACACCUGAUUCAACUUGUCAACUAAUCAUCAGGCCCUCAAUGAGUUGAAUCAAGUAUGUUGUCUGGGGCUACAACAAAUGUGUGCUGUUGGGGGUACUCAAGGACUGGAGUUGGGAACCACUGCUGUAGAUCUAUGGCUACUUUGGCAUUGCAUGCCAUUAUCAGCUGCAAAAUGGGUUCACAUGGCUGAUAUCCUGAAAAAAUUGUGACAAUCAAAUAAAACUAAUUGGAGAGCUUAUGACUGAACAAAAAGGUAAUGUUCAUUUGAAAACACAAUGCUAGAAACACAGACAAAUUCGAGACAGAUUUAUUGCAGGAUUGUGAUCUGUGAUUACACUAGUUCAUCUUGAAUAAUAGUUAAGUUGACAAUUAAAACAAUUUUAAAACACUUAACUUCAAAGAAUCAACACUUUCAUAUCAUUUCAAAGUGUAUAAGUAAGCUAACUAAUAUGGAAAGGUUAGACAUUUUAGUAACAAGUAGGCUAUUAUUACUAAAACAUAAUAUCAGGGGAACCAAAAAAAGUUAAUACCAGAGGUGGCCAACCUUGCGACACUGAUCCCUGAUCUAAUGAGUGAGCAGACUUCUGUUCCAGCCCAGCAAUAUCACACUUGAUUAUUAACUAAUUAGGUUUGAUACAUUUAAAUCAGGUGUGGUAGUGCUGGGCUGGAACAGAAGCCUGAACACACCCAGCAGGGUUGGCCUGCUCCAGUUGUAAUAGGUUUAUACAGCCCAGAACUACACGGGAGGAUCUUGUCAAUGAUCUCAAGGCAGCUGGGACCACAGUCACCAAGAAAACAAUUGGUAACACACUAUGCCGUGAAGGACUGAAAUCCUGCAGCACCUGCAAGGUCCCCCUGCUCAAGAAAGCACAUAUACAGGCCCAUCUGAAGUUUGCCAAUGAACAUUUGAUUGAUUCAGAGGAGAACUGGGUGAAAGUGUUGUGGCCAGAUGAGACCAAAAUCGAGCUCAUUGGCAUCAACUCAACUCACGGUGUUUGGAGGAGGAGGAAUGCUGCCUAUGACCCCAAGAACACCAUCCCCACCGUCAAAUAUGGAGGUGGAAACAUUAUGCUUUGGGGGUGUUUUUCUGCUAAGGGGACUGGACAACUUCACCGCAUCAAAGGGACGAUGGACGGGGCCAUGUACCGUCAAAUCUUGGGUGAGAACCUCCUUCCCUCAGCCAGGGCAUUGAAAAUGGGUCGUAGAUGGGUAUUCCAGCAUGACAAUGACCCAAAACAAACGGCCAAGGGAACAAAGGAGUGGCUCAAGAAGAAGCACAUUAAGGUCCUGGAGUGGCCUAGCCAGUCUCCAGACCUUAAUCCCAUAGAAAAUCUGUGGAGGGAGCUGACGGUUCGAGUUGCCAGACGUCAGCCUCGAAACCUUAAUGACUUGGAGAAGAUCGGCAAAGAGGAGUGGGACAAAAUCCCUCCUGAGAUGUGUGCAAACCUGGUGGCCAACUACAAGAAACGUCUGACCUCUGUGAUUGCCAACAAGGGUUUUGCCACCAAGUACUAAGUCAUGUUUUGCAGAAGGGUCAAAUACUUAUUUCCCUCAUUAAAAUGCAAAUCAAUUUCUAACUUUUUUGACAUGCGUUUUUCUGGAUUGUUUUGUUGUUAUUCUGUCUCUCACUGUUCAAAUAAACCUAUAGACUGAUCAUGUCUUUGUCAGUGGGCAAACGUACAAAAUCAGCAGGGGAUCAAAUACUUUUUUCCCUCACUGUACAUUGUUUGAAUUUUAAACUGUAUUUCUGUUCACAAAAUGUGCUAACAUAGUGCAUUCGGAAAGUAUUCAGACCUUGACUUUUUUCACAUUUUGUUACAUUACAGCCUUAUUCUAAAAUUGAUUCAAUUAAAUGUUUUCCUCAUCAAUCUACACACAAUACCCCAAUGGCAAAGCGAAAAUAGGUUUUUAGAAAUGUUUGCAAAAGUAUUAAAAAUUAAAAACAGAUAUACCUUAUUUACAUAAGAAUUCAGACCCCUUGCUAUGAGACUCGAAAUUGAGCUCAGGUGCAUCCUGUUUCCAUUGAUCAUCCUUGAGAUGUUUCUACAACUUGAUUGGAGUCCACCUGUGGUAAAUUAAAUUGAUUGGUCAUGAUUUGGAAAGGCACACACUUGUUUAUAUAAAAGGUCCCACAGUUGACAAUGCAAGUCAGAGCAAAAACCAAGCCAUGAGGUCAAAGGAAUUGUCCGUAGAGCUCCGAGACUGGAUUGUGUCAAGGCACAGAUCUGGGGAAGGGUACCAAACAAUUUCUGUAGCAUUGAAGGUCCCCAAUGACACAGUGGCCUCCAUCACUCUUAAAUGGAAGAAUAUUGGAACCACCAAGACUCUUCCGAGAGCUGGCCGCCCGGCCAAACUGAGCAAUUGGGGAAGAAGGUCCUUGGUCAGGGAGGUGACCAAGAACCCGAUGGUCACUCUGACAGACCUCCAGAGUUUCUCUGUGGAGAUGGGAGAACCUUCCAGAAGGACAACCAUCUCUGCAGCACUCCACCAAUCAGACCUUUAUGGUAGAGUGGCCAGAUGGAACCCACUUCUCAGUAAAAGGCACAUGACAGCCCGCUUGGAGUUUGUCAAAAGGCACCUAAAGGACUCUCUGGUCUGAUGAAACCAAACCUGGCACCAUCCGUACGGUGAAGCUUCAUGCUGUGGGUAUAUUUUUCACAGGGACUGGGAGACUAGUCAGGAUCGAGGGAAAGAUGAACGGAGCAAAGUACAGAGAGAUCCUUGAUGAAAACCUGCUCCAGAGCGCUCAGGACCUCAGACUGGGGCGAAGGUUCACCUUCCAACAGGACAACAACCCUAAGCACAGAGCCAAGACAACGCAGGAGUGGCUUCGGGACAAGUCUUUGAAUGUCCUUGAGUGGCCCAGCCAGAGCCCGGACUUGAACCUGAUCUAACAUCUCUGGAGAGACCUGAAAAUAGCUGUGCAGCGACGCUCCCCAUCCAACCUGACAGAGCUUGAGAGGAUCUGUAGAGAAGAAUGGGAGAAACUCCCCAAAUACAGGUGUGCCAAGCUGGUAUACAAGGAUGUACCCUUAUUCUCUUGGGACAUUCAUUGGGACCUCUUCAUCUACAUACUGGAAAAUGUAUGCACUCACUAACUGUAAAUCGCUCUGGAUAAGAGCGUCUGCUAAAUGACUAAAAUGUAAUACAGGGUUUGACGGCUCUGUGUAUCUGAGGACCAAAAAUGUCACAAAGACACAGCCCUGAAUAUUAUGUUGCUAUAUCUCUCUGUACUCAGUGUUUCUCGCUAGGGACUGGAACUGGAUAAUAUUUACAUUUACAUUUACAUUUUACUCAUUUAGCAGACGCUCUUAUCCAGAGCGACUUACAGUUAGAAUAGUUUCAUAAUGUCCUCCCACAAAGUUACCUGUCCUAUCUAGAGUAGCCUCCUCUCCCUUCUAUGACAGCUGGAAGUGCUAGCUAAUCAUGUCACCCUCUUCCAUGGCUGUUAGCUAGCUACCUACCUAGCUACAAAUGCAGGACUACCUGGCCUGAUGACUCCUUGCUGUCCCCAGUCCACCUGGUCGUGCUGCUGCUCCAGUUUCCACUCUUCUGCCUGCGGCUAUGGAACCCUGACUUGUUCACCGGACGUGCUACCUUGUCCCAGACCUGCUGUUUUCAACUCUCUAUCUACCGCACCUGCUACUUAAAACUCUAAAUGCCCGGCUAUGAAAAGUGACAUUUACUCCUGAUGUACUGACCUGUUGCAACCUCUACAACCACUGUGAUUAUUAUUUGACCCUGCUGAUCAUCUAUGAACGUUUGAACAUCUUGGAGAAAACUCUGUACUGUUAUAAUCUCCACCAAGCACAGCCAGAAGGGGACUGGCCACCCCUCAGAGCCUGGUUCCUCUCUAGGUUUCUGCCUUUCUAGGGAGUUUUUCCUAGCCACCAUGCUUCUACAUCUGCAUUGCUUGCUGUUUGGGGUUUUAGGCUGGAUUUCAGUAUAGCACUUUGUGACAUCUGCUGAUGUAAAAAGGGCUUUAUAAAUAAAAUUUGAUUAACUGAUUGAGUUACAAUGAUAAAAACAUUAACCUCUUAAGGAUCGGACCCUUUUUUUCAAUUUUCGCCUAAAAUGACAUACCCAAAUCUAACUGCCUGUAGCUCAGGACCUGAAGCAAGGAUAUGCAUAUUCUUGAUACCAUUUGAAAGGAAACACUUUGAAGUUUGUGGAAAUGUGAAAUUAAUCUAGGAAAAUGUAACACAUUAGAUCUGGUAAAAGGCCAUAAUAUAAUAUCGCAGUUUAGGCGCAAUUUAGAUUUUGGCCACUAGAUAGCAGCAGUGUGUGUGCAAAGUUUCAGAUUGAUCCAGUGAAGCAUUGCUAUUUUGACUAUUUUGUAUCAAGUCUGCCCAAAUGUGCCGAAUUGGUCAACUGAUACAUUUUCAAGUACAUAACUAUAGAGAACAUAAAAAAAUUAUAUGGUAAUACAAAAUGUAAGUUUACACACUCCCAGGAAUGUCAUACAUGAUGGAUCAUUAGCUUAUACACUAACUUUCACACAUCUAGAUGACCGGGCGGGGUGGGUGUGGAGCCAGAGACAACAGGGGUUCAAACUGUAGAACCCAGUUCCCACAUUUGAAUAUACAGUCGUGGUCAAAAGUUUUGAGAAUUACACAAAUACUAAUUUUCACAAAGUCUGCUGCCUCAGUUUUAUGAUGGCAAUUUGCAUAUACUCCAGAAUGUCAUGAAGAGUGAUCAGAUUGUAACGCUCUCACCAGGCUCGAAUUUGACUCUCACAAUAUUACCUUAUUUAGAAUAUCUGAACAGCAUGGGAUAUUAGGUGAGAAGGACAUCUCCAAUAAGAAUCCCUAUUGUAAACUUGCUAGGGUGAAUGACAAAUAGGGUAUUAACUUCAGAUAGAAUGAUUAUAGACUUGGUUAUUAUUAUAAGGAUAUGCUUUCCCAUGCAUUAAAUGAAACUGAAACAGUAAAUGACUCCACCAAUACAACAGACAUAAGGUUCAAGAUCUAUAUUAAUCACAUUUUCAAUGUAUCACAUCAAAAGAAAUACAAAUAAUAAACCCCAAUGAUCUUUCCACAACCCAUGUCCAAAUUAUUUGCAAGCUUGCUUAAACCCUGGGCGCGCGUUGGAGCUCAGAAAAAAAAUUACGACAUACAUAAAGUCCCGAAGUCCACCCCACAUUUGUAGUUACUCACUACUUGUAGAUAAUGCCUCAGCAAAGUAUAGCAGUUCCGUGCAGGUGUCCUCACAAGAUCCACAGCGAACACAGCUAUCAAUGCAGCCAGUACUCCGUAGCAGCAACAGACAUCCGUUGGAAGCUCGAACUCGUUGAUCGUCACAAGCAAUUCUCUCCAAGUCUUCCACGAUGCUAGGCUAACCUCUAGGAUGUCGAAUGUCUCCACAAUGCGACGGCAGCUUCAGUCUCCACUAGGUCUUUCUUAACGAAAUAAUAACACUCUCUUAUAGAAAUAAAAUCAGGAUUUCCCUUUAAAAAAAACUCUGUAGGUAUGGUUUUGUUCUCUCUUUAUCGUUUCCUUUGGUCGUUUUUCCUUCACCAACCCCACUAACGUCUCUCCUCUCCCCUCUUUCAACCUUUCCCUCUCUUUCUUUCCCAGCAACCAGUCCACUCUCCCAUUGGCCACAACUUAACAAGUUACCUCAUUGGUCAAAACUUUAACGAGAUACGUGGGAAACUUAAACUUAAAAGUAAACCAACCUAUUCACUUGUACAUUUUUUAAAAACAUUGCUUCAAAAGAAAUGCAUUAACGACAUUACAAAUCAGGAGCUAUUUGAUCACCUCUUAAAUCUAAUACCAAUGAAUUAUAACAAAUAAACUCUAUACUUGGUUUUAGCAAGGUAUUACACUCUCCCCCCACCAAAAUAGGCAUGUCCUCAUGACUUGUAAACGUAAGUGAAAUGUAAUAACAAGUAAACGUGUCAACUCUUAACUACAACCUAAAGCUGAGACAACUUGUUAGAUAAUUUGAAAAGGAGAUACAUUUGUGUUUCCCUUAUUCGAUCCACUUGUACAGCGUGGAACAAUAUCUGACAACUGGGGCUAUACUUGGAACUCCAGGUUUAUCAUAGGUAAGUAAUACAGGAGCUUUCUUUACUCUCUGAGAUCUUGGUCCUUCCAUUUCCUCAGAAGUUUCCACUUCUCCCUGAACUUCUCGUUCCUCUUCUGGAAUCUCUUCAACUGA